CUCUGUGGUGGAUUGAGCGGGUCUGGGCAAGUUCCCAGAGUGCUGCGCGUCCCGGUUGCUCGGCGCUGUCAUGGCGGGCUUGCUGAAGAAGACCACUGGCCUUGUAGGAUUGGCUGUAUGUGAGGGUCCACACGAGAGGCUAAAAAUAUUGUAUACAAAGAUUCUUGAUGUUCUUGGACAAAUCCCUAAAAAUGCAGCGUAUAGAAAGUAUACAGAACAGAUUACAAAUGAGAAGCUGAGUAUGGUUAAAGCGGAACCAGAUGUUAAAAAAUUAGAGGAGCAUCUUCAGGGAGGCCAAAUAGAAGAGGUGAUUCUUCAGGCUGAAAAUGAACUAAGUCUGGCAAGAAAAAUGGUGCAGUGGAAACCAUGGGAGCCUUUAGUGGAAGAGCCUCUUGCCAACCAAUGGAAAUGGCCAAUAUAAACAUCAUUAAAUGACUUGUGUGUUUAUGGGAAACUGAUGUAAUUAAAUACUCUGUUAUAUUAAAAAUAUUUCCAUAUUAUUGACAUCUUAUAAUCAAGAAAACUGAUACAGAACAUACAUAGGAGACUUGAUAAAAUCACUGAUUAUGUAAUAGGGACUUGUGAAUCGGUUUUUGAUUUGUAGAGCAUUCAUUCAAAUUAUUUCAAA